UUUCUGUAUAUAUGUGGUAGAAUUUCCGCUCAGACUCGUAUAAGUUACCCACCUAACUGCCUAAGAGCAAAACAACCACAGAAUGAGGACGGCGCAGCUUUUACUCCUCUUUCCACUGGUGUGGUGUCAAACUACAGGGAGUUUAAUUGUUAAAUGGGUGAAUCUAGGAGAAAAUGUGACUUUAGACUGUCAGAUUGAUAACAAAGAAAUAUAUUGGAUUUUCCAAAAACUGAAAGAUUCACCAGUGCUGAUUCUGCGGACUUUCACAACAGAUUCUACAUCAUCUCAUAUACAAGAUCAAAGACUAAAAGACAAAUAUUCAUCACUUACUUUGAGCCGUUUAUUUAUUAGGAACAUAACUAUCAAUGAAAUAGGAAUAUAUUAUUGUGCAAAACCAAACAAAACUCUACAGAUCAGCAAUGGCACCAGACUUUACACCACUGAAUCGGCCCAUGACCAAAAUAAAACCGAAUACAACAAUCAUAUUCAAUCAUAUUGUGGAACAACACCCACUUUUGAUAAGAUUCUGACCAUUGCAUCCUUCGUGUUGAACGCUGUGCUGAUUAUUGCACUAACAGGUCUGUUAAUACUAAAACUUAAGAAGCCAAGAAAAAGUCGACCCCAGAUUGUCAAACCAGUGUCGCUUGAGGACUUCAACUCUGUAGAGUAUUCCGAAAUCGAGCCGUACACAAAUUCCAGAGGAGAAAAUCCCAUUCAGCUAAACAGCACUUACGAACUUCUUCAGAAUCCAAAGCCACAUCCUACACAAUCAUGAGCAGAGAUCAGCACAUCUUGCAGUCAACAAACUGUUAAUGUGUUGGUUUAACACCUUCUGUGAGCCUACACCUUUUCCCUCAGUGUUUCCAUUGCUGUUUGAAUGAAACCAUGUUACUUACUUAUUUAUAAAAUACACCAUUUUGUUCUGUGCUGCUACCAAGUACUUUAUAAAACAUGUUAACAGAUCAAUCUAGAUCGAUGUGGUUACAGUUUACUAUAAGGUUCAAUAUGUUACAUUGCAUUACAAUGGAAAAUACUAAUGCUAAUGCUAAUUCUACACAUACAAAUACAUUGUUAACAUUUCAAAUUAACGUAUAUCAACAGUAUCAGUAUAUUUAUGAAUUAAAAUAAACCCAGAUUAGUAAAUACUGUAAACAUUGGUGUUCAUUAACACUAAGUAAUUAAUUAACUCAUGUAAACAAGUAUAAUUAGUUUAUUGUAAAGUAAAUUAUUUGGUUUUGAGAAACAAAGAUGCUAAAUGAUUGUUAUAGGUUUAAUGUGGUUAUCCAUGCUGGUUUAUUGGAUGAUUUAGUUGGUGUUUAUCUGCCCUUUCAAAUCUAACCAGCUCACAAUUACCCCUAAAAACAUCACACUAAAUCAGAAAGCCACUAUUUCCUAGUGGACGUUCUUGAAUAAAAGUGCAAAAACAUUGAUUUACAUAACACAUAGACGCUUACAACAGUGACUCUUUUACCAUGUCCGCAUCAUGCACAGAUUGGUAAAUGUGUCACUUCCUGUUUCUGAAGAACAAGUCGAGAAUAACAUGCAAGAUAAAAAUCUAGUUAAAAGGUCAGGAGUUAAAGGAUUGCUGCAAUGCAAUGUUAAAUGUUUCAGGAGAAUGGUUUUCUUCAUUAAAGUGUUGUAACAUACACUUGUACUC